GCGAUUUCCACCGCAACAAUAAUAAAAACUAUGGCAUACAGAAGUGAAAUAGGAAAACACCGACAAAACUGGAUGUUAAUGCGAUCGUUGAAAAACUGUCCAUACACGAAUAUACGAUUUGUAUGUAUGUGGUCUCAUGUGUGUGUUUCCUCAGAUAGUUGUAUUUUGAUGUGAUAUUUUGGAGCAAUUGUCAGUUGGAGGACGAACGUUGAAGCUUUUGGUACACUACAGACUUUUUGCAAAAUAAAUAUAAUUUCCCAGUAAACAGUGAAAAUGAGUUCCGUAGACGAAGACCUGACACCUGAACAAAUUGCAGUACUCCAGAAAGCCUUUAACAGCUUUGACCACCAGAAAACCGGAAGCAUACCAACCGAAAUGGUAGCGGAUAUUUUGCGUUUGAUGGGACAACCGUUCGAUAAGAAAAUCUUAGAGGAACUAAUUGAAGAAGUAGAUGAAGACAAAUCCGGUCGUUUGGAGUUUGAGGAGUUCGUGCAGUUGGCUGCCAAGUUUAUCGUCGAAGAAGAUGCCGAAGCUAUGCAAAAGGAGUUGAGGGAAGCUUUCCGCUUAUACGAUAAACAAGGCAACGGUUUCAUCCCAACAACUUGUUUAAAAGAGAUUCUCAAAGAGUUGGACGAUCAACUGACCGAAGCAGAACUUGAUAUUAUGAUUGAGGAGAUUGAUUCGGAUGGGUCUGGCACGGUGGACUUUGAUGAAUUUAUGGAAAUGAUGACCGGGGAAUAGAUCUACGUCCACCAACAGUUGCAAAGACGGCGUUUCUCUGCUCGAUUAGUUGAAGUCGGUAUAUAAUGUUAUAAUUACAAGUACAACAAUAUGAGAGAGCGUCGAUUUAAAACUCAACAUACCUACAAAAGUACAUACAUGCAUCCGUACUUGCUUACAUAAAUAUUUGUAAUGCUUUGAUUAUACUUUAGAAGCUAUUUUUCAACGCCAGCAGUAAAAAAAUACGGCCCUGCAUCGUGACGCGUGUUUACCAAUUUUUUUUUAAAAUUAUUUUUAAUAAAAGAAGUAUGUCAUGUAUGUAUAUCUCAAUAUGUAUAAAUGUAUUUUCAAUAAUCGUUUUUAUAGCCAUUAUCACAAUUUUACACGCGUACACAAAAUGUAUACUCACGCUUAACUUUGUUACCAAAAAUAUUGCUCAUAAAAUAAAGUAUUUAAAUUACAAUAAAAUAAAAACCAAU